CACGGAGCACAUGUGUCAUAAUUGCAUAGAAUCGCCAAUGGAAGUUUUAUAACAGAUUGACCUUGGAAUGGGCAUUAAACAUCAUCAUUUUAAAAAGACGGAUCAUGGAAGUUUGGUCUGGCAGUAUCAAUACCGCCUCUCUUAGCCUAAGAAUAAAACUUGUCAAUUCAUCUUCAAAACGGGAUGGCAUCACACUCGGCAAAUCGACUCUCUCUAUAUCGAGCUUCGUCAAUCCUUCCUUGGUCCCUCUUUAUGCGCGCGCUGGGCCCAGCUUCGAGGUUCAUACUGCUGAUGGUCAAAGUGUGGAAUGGUUAAAAACAAGGUUAUUGGGGAAUCUCUGGCUGGAUGAUUUGGAUGAGGAGCGUGGACCUGUUGAGACUCAGUGUCCUACGGCUCUACUCCUAAAUGUGGAGGAGCAACAAACAAGCAACGACGUUUAUCCGAGGGCGAGCAAUAAUAAUAUUUCAGAACUUCUGGUAUACGGCAUUCUGUCAACAGGGAAUCAAGAAAGACGACUACCUUCUCCCCCCGAUUCGCAUCUCGAUGAUGAGACAAGCCCAAGGUACAAACGCGACUUGCGAAUAUAUGCCGCCCCGUUAUCAACAUCUUAUGUUCAAAAGGCGCAAGAUCUACCAUCGCCCCCGUCGAGUCCUGCUGAGGGCGGCGACGACGAUGUGUUGAAGGACGGAUUCACACAAUUCCUUCCAGAUUUGCGGUCUCCAACGCCAAAACGAAAACGAAUGUUGUCGAUAUUUGAAGAAGCCGCACAACAUCAUCGGCGUGUACGACAAUACGGCGGUUCAGCCGUGUCCCAGCUAAUCACCAGAAGCGUGAAUAAGCCGCAGCAGCAACAAAUACCCCCACAGACUAUCAAAAUUAAAGGUGAACCAGAAGAAUCCAACAAACCCGUGGUCGAUAGACUGCGCAGAGCAAGAUCCCUAUCUGUUGGCGGUAGCCAACUCGCUAGACUUGGCGAAAAUGCACGUAUCAGUGGUGAGGAAACCAGGCCGAGCUCAUCAAGAGGGACACAGGUUACUCGUCGGUCACUUGGCAAGCGAGACGCGUCACAAUCGUUUCAUGAAUUCGACCGCAGCCGUUCUAUUGCGCCAACCCCUGACCCUGAUCAGACAAUAUUAGACCAUUCUCAGCUAUCCUCACCUCCCAAAACUAGCGAAGCGGUCAUUGCGACGAACAAAGAUCUGAUUACCCGCACAAUAUUGACUGGCAUGCGAUUAUAUGGAUACAAUCGGAAAACAAGCCGUCCAGCAAGGUCCUCAAUCGCCAACCUAAAUCAUGAAACGGACGGAAUUGGCGAAGAGAGCAAUAUCACAGGAAUAGGCAAUUCCACCGAAGACCAAAGACAGCUGAGCGCCACUGGGGGUAUACCAGACGCUACUGUAGACGAAGACGACUUCAAAGCAAUGUAUCAUGCGACAUAUAAAGCAGCGACUUUUGCGCUUCGGCGUUAUUUGAAGAUUAAUGGUGAUACCAGUACCAGUGAAAUGACGAAACAGAGCUCAAAUCCUGCUGUUCUCGCCAAGGAUAAGGCGACGAAUGUGAUUGACGAGAUUCUCGGAUUGUUCUGCGAUGCUCACCUUACAUCGCCGAUGUGAAUGACCAUUUCGACGUGAUUCUAUCGAACAUGGUUGAAUGACGUUACUUUUAUGAGUUAUGGUGGAUGAUAUUGUGUAUACAUCCAUAUGAAUCUCUUGUAUAUAGGAAUGAGGCGAGGCGGUUUACAAUGCUGGCAUAAUUACUAUGACAAGCUAGGAAAGUCCUCGCGAGUUCUGAGGCAUCAUUAUACCGAGAAAUAAUUGAAUAAUUUGCCCACUCA